CGCCGCCCGCCCGCCAUGCCGGCCCGCUCCGCGCGGGCUGCCCCAGCGCCGCCUGACCGCGCGGGGCCCGCCCGCCCCUUGCUCCGCGGCGCCGGGUCCCGCAGGCGUUGUUGUGGGCAGCCCGAAGGGGGCCUUGGGCGGAGGGGGCCUUUGCGGCUGGGGCUCGGCGGCGGCGGCGGAGCCAUGGCAACCGCCCGGAGAGGCCGGAGCGGCCCGGGGGAGGAGCGGCAGCAGCAGCGGGAGGAGGACGAAGAAGAGGAGGAGGAAGAAGAGGAAGAAGUGGCUUUCUGCGCCGCCCGAGGGAGAGCUGCUGCGGGCUCCGAUGGAGCCAGGGUGACCUUCAGCGCGCAGAAAUGCGGGAUCUGCUUCCAGCCCCCGUCCAUCAUCCUCAUCUACAGAGACAACAGCCAGGACAAGACUCGCCAGCGCAUCAUGCCCGUCAGGAAUUUCUCCAGGUUCUCAGACUGCGGCCGGGCUGCCGAGCAGCUGAAGAACAACCCUCGGCACAAGGCCUACCUGGAAGGGGUCUCGCUGCAGCAGCUCCAGAAGCUCUACAGCUUGCUGAGAGAUCAUCUGGGAGGACAGAGCCUGGCUGAGAGCUUGGAAAGGUUUCAUCAGGAAGAGACCAUUGACCCAGAGGAGGAUAUGAACAAACUGGAUGACAAGGAACUGGCCAAAAGGAAGAGCAUCAUGGACAAGCUCUAUGAAAAGAACAGGAAGAGGAAGGAUGACCCUGACUUUGUUUACAACGUUGAGGUGGAUUUCCCACAGGAUGAGCAGCUGGAGUCCUGUGCCUGGGACAUGGAGUCAGAUGAAGAAAUCUGAUUGCAGACAAAGAUGGGCGGUUCAGAGACAAAUCUCAGUGUCCCAGCAGAGAGAACAAUGUCAUCAUCCAUUGGCUCGGGAGAACCCGAGGUGCCACAGCAAUCCCAGGCUUAAGUGAGCUUUGUUUAAGAAGCCAGACUUGAUUAAAUGGAAACUGCAUAGCUGAAAUUGUUGGCUGGUUUUAGUCUUUUCCUACAUAAAAGAAUUUUAAAUUAUUUAAUCUUUCAUUUUUUUUUACAUUUCAGUCAGCUUUGGCUGAAAAUGAGGCAUGAAAUAUUCAUGUCCUGAGGACACUGUUAAAGCUGUACUGUACAAAUAGGGUGAUUAUUAUUGCCUGCUGGGAAGUUAAAUAUGUAUCAGUCAUUCUGGAUAAAUCAACUCUGCAUUGAGAA